AAUUGCUGUAAAAACUACAGCGUUAUUUUACAGAAGCUGACUGUAUUUUAAAUAAUACAGAAUAUUGCUGUAAAGUGCAAUGCAUUCUGGAGUCACGUGACGGAUUAACUCAAUGUACAGAAUAUUGCUGUAAAUUUCAAAUCUACAAUGGCGGGAUGAUCUUCAACAGUCGAGAUUGGGGUAGUGCUCAAAAUGAAUGAUUCACACCUGUGGUAAGUAACUUAUUACGUAUUUUUUUUCCAUAUUUGGUAACUAUCAUGCUGGUAACUUUAUAUAGAGGUAUCUAAAUUCGCGUUUCAUAUUGGUAACCCCGGAUUCAACCUCCAUCCGCGGGGACCGAAGGAGUCUUGCGGGGUUUCAGCAGCGCCGUCGCGGUAAGAUUUCAAACAUUCUCCGUCGCUAUAGCACCUGAGGACAGAAGUUGUUCAUGUUAUUUAGAGUUUUUGUUCACACCAGGAGUGAAGGCGGUAUGUGACGAGCUACAGUUCAUUGUAUUAGUAAGUUGACGGUUGUUUUUUUAAUGUUGAACAUCGCGCCCGCCGUAGACUCGGUAAAAGUUACAUGCUUCGACAGUUGGGAUACCACACUCGCUCGUGAUUAUUUUGUGGUGUAAUUCAAAUUUGCAAAUGCAGUCAUCCGUUAAAUCGAGCGCCCAAAUUAAAAUGAGUCACCAUAGCUUGAGGUAAGUCGAUGUUCACGGAGGAUAGCCCGGUAAAGUGAUUAAUGUACGUAACCAUCUAGAUAUACAGUUUAUGUAUCGGAGGCCAGCUGAGAGCUUGAGCAAAAGACGUUACCGACACCCUCAUUGUAUAGCAGGCCUGUCUCCCAAAUAGGACCGUUGGAGGGUGGGAGUGAGACCCGUUACAAAAUACUAGUGUGACAAUUUCUUGACCGUGACAUCCCUAACGUUAGUUGGAUUACAUUUCUGUAUAAGUACGGUUUUAAGUGUAAGUUACUCUGUUUAAUUUGCUUAGAGUUUGUUUGUAGAGUCACUUAUACUAAAAUGUAGUUUAAAUGUAAAAUGCUUAAAGAUAAUUGUAUAGUCACUAUUAACUAUUACUAUUGUCACAUGUAUAAUUGUUUGUUUUAGGACACACUUUGCCAUGCAGGCCACUGGAUACUGACUACUGAAGGUUAGGUUGUGUGUGACGGUGCUCAGCACAGCUUCAUGUCUGGCCUUCCCACUCUGUUCAUAGCAUGUUACAUAUUCAAUCUUGAGUACCAGGAUGGGGCAGCAUGUACUUGGAGUCCAAUGAAAGAUAUUAAUCCAGAGAGUGGAACAAGAAGCGUCAUCUAAAAUGCCAGGAUACAGAAGAAACAGGUUGCAGUGAACCCACAUGUCGCCGCUCUUCUAAACACAAUGAUGAAUAUUCAGUGUAAUCGAUGAAAAUUCCAGCUACUUGUUGUGCUCUGAUGGAUCAAGAUGUGGACCGUUUUACAGACUCACUUGGGCCUUGUUUUGCAAUGUUGUUUCAUGAUGAUGACGAUGGAGGCGGUCAGCAUCACAUAGUAAACAAAGUGGAUAUCCCACAGGAGAUCGAUGUGGGCGGUGAGAUGUCAGGUAGUGGUUCUCCAUCCGGUUCUCUGUCUCAGGAUAUGACAGAUGAAGAUGGAGACGGUCAGCAUCUCAUAGUCAAAGUGGAUAUCCCACAGGAGAUUGAUGUGGACGAUGAGAUGUCAGGUAGCGGUUCUCCAUCCGGUUCUCCAACUCAGGAUAUGCCAGUAUUCGAAUAUAGUUAUGUCCUUUCUGGAAAUCAUUAUGAAGAUCAAGGUCACAAAGUGAUUCUUUAUACACAAAUAACAGAGAAUUGCACUGAACAUUUGUGUAGCAGCACUAAUCUGAGUGCAGUAAAGCGCAACUGGCCUAAACAAGAUGUGGCGUUAAUAAUCUCAAAUAAAGCUGUUCUCUUCCUCAAAGGCUCACUGGUCACACGUGUCAUGCCCUCAUUCUACAUCUUCCUCUUCAUCAUCAGUCUUCCUCUAAACGCAUUGGCCCUGCUGACGUUCACCUGUAGGAUUAAAGAAAAGAAACCGGCUGUGAUCUUCAUGUCAAACCUGGCGUGUGUGGAUCUGCUCUUAACCCUGCUGCUGCCUCUCAAGAUCCACUAUCACCUGAACGGAUCUCAUUGGGUGUUUGGUGAGGCGGCGUGUCGUGUGCUGACCUCUGCGUUCUACUGCUACAUGUACUGCUCCAUACUGCUGAUGAUGUGCAUGAGUGUGGACCGACUGAUGGCCGUGGUGUUCCCCAUCGCCUCUCUGACCUGGCGGAGCAAGAGGAAUUCUGUGUAUGUCAGUGCGCUGGUCUGGUUGCUGGCAUUUGCUGGCACAACCCCACUUCUCUCUAUAACACAAGCAGUCAAGACUAUGAAUGUAGGUGUCACCUGCCACGACGUCAUGCACCACGACGACCCUGCAGAUCAGACAUAUGAGUACCUGUUCUCUAUCCUCUCCUGCCUCUAUUUCUUCCUGCCACUGGUCGUCACUUUGGCGUCUUACUGUACCAUUAUAUACUCACUCAGUACCAAGUCUGGUCGCUUAGCAACAUCAUCAUCAUCAACCUUGGCUAGACAAAGGAGAGCUGUGAUUAUGACUAUUGCCGUGCUGACAGAGUUUGUGGUCUGCUUUGCACCAACCAAUGUUAUCCUGUUGUAUCACUGUGUUCUUCUGGCCACAGGAGGUGUCGGCAGGGAGGGAAACACGUCAUAUAUGGCUUACAUGUUGGCUCUGUGUGCGGGCUGCUCAAGUGUUUUUCUAGACCCUCUGCUGUACUACUACGGGUCGUCUCAGUGCAGACAGCAGAUCAGGUCUGUGUUGAGAAGAACAAAAAGAACAAAAAAGAUAUCAAGCACUCAGUCUCACGUUAGCGUGUGAAAUAUAUGGUUUGCAUUAUAUUCAGCAUUGGUGUUUUUGUUCAUUUUAGUAUAAAGUAGCCUAUGCACACUCCUCAUAGUGAUGAAUGUUCUCUCGUUUCUUGCUAUCAAAAACACGUAGGCUACAGGAUAUAGUGCACACAUCUAAACAACUGUUUUCUUUCAAUUGUGAUAUAUAAAAAUAUAUUAUAGUAAA